AUGUUGGUUAAACAGCUGGGGCUGCCCACAGAGCAACUGGAGGAGCCUCUGGAAGCUAACACCCUCGACGGGAGACUUCUGGCUCGAGUCACCACCCGAACCUGCCCCGUCCAGCUCCAGCUGUCAGUCCCAGCCGUGUACCAUGGGAUUUCUGAGGUGUUUUGCAAACAACAGGCACUCUCUCUACCCCCGCACAGACCAUACGACUGUGCUAUCAACCUGCUACCUGGGUCCACAUAUCCCCGAAGCCGUCUGUAUAACAUCUCCAGGCCUGAACGGGCGGCUAUGGAGGAGUACAUUAACAGCUCGCUGGCGGCUGGGAUCAUCCGUCCCUCCUCUUCACCUCUGGGAGCCGGUUUUUUCUUUGUGGGCAAGAAGGAUGGGACUCUCAGGCCAUGCAUCGAUUUCAGAGAACACAUCCAGCAUGUCCACCAGGUCCUCCAACGGCUGCUGGAGAACCGCUUAUUUGUCAAGGCUGAGAAGUGUGAGUUCCACGCCACCACUGUAACCUUUCUCGGCCACAUCAUUGCCCAGGGUUCAAAUUGGCACUCGAAGAGUGGUGACACUGGCUGGAGGGGGCAGAGCAGCCGUUCGUGGUUUGGACUGACCAUAAGAACCUUGAAUACAUCCACGCAGCGAAGCGCCUAAACCCUCGUCAAGCCAGGUGGGCUCUGUUCUUUGGUCAUUUUAAUUUUGUCCUGACCUACAGGCCCCGUCUAGAAACGUGAAGCCUGAUGCACUGUCUCGAGUGUUUGAGAGGGAGGAGGCAGCUGCAGAGCCUGACACCAUCAUGCCCAGGGCCUGUAUUAUUGGAGCAGCCACCUGGGAGAUUGAGAAGGAGGUGAGGACUGCUCUGCAACACCAGCCGGACCCAGGUAAUGGCCCCCCGGGCUGUCUGUUUGUACCUCUCUCCGUCAGACCAUCCGUGUUACAGUGGGGCCAUUCCUCCAGACUCUCGUGCCAUCCAGGUGUUACCCGCACUCUGGCGGUUCUGGUGGCCAGACAUGAGGAAUGAUGUUCAGACCUUCGUUUCUGCCUGUCCCAUCUGUGCCCAGAAUAAGCGCUCCAACAGACCAUCGCCUGGGUUCCUACAGCCGCUUCCCAUACCACGUCGUCCAUGGUCUCAUCUGUCUCUGGAUUUUGUCUCCGGACUGCCACCCUCAUAGUCAACAGAGGUAUGACUGUUGUACUCACUGUUGUGGACCGCUUCAGUAAAUUUGCCCGUUACCUGCCUCUGCCUAAACUGCCCACACCUGAA